UUCAACGCAGCUAUUUGAUGAAAUUCUCCUUCUUGAGAAAUUUGAAUUUUGAAAACAGAGCUCAGGAUCGUUACAGAUGCAAGAAACAGAGGUGAGUUACAGAAAAAUACACAUCUCUGAUGGUGGAGAAGAUUUCAUGCAACCUGAUUCUCUUAACGAAGAACACAACUCUAGCGAGGAACAAAUGGUUGAAGCGUUUCGUAACUUGCUUCUCCUUCAUGGCGAGUUACCUGCAAAGCACGGAGAUCAUAAUACACUUAUCAGGUUUCUAAGAAUGAGGGAUUUUGAUUUGGAGAAAUCCAAAGAUGCGUUUCUCAAUUAUCUGAAGUGGAGGGUGGAUUCUAAAGUGGAUAUGAUCUCGAAGAGGUUUAAGUUUGAGGAAUACGGUGAAGUGAAGAAACAUUACCCUCAUGGGUUUCAUAAGGUUGACAAAAGUGGUAGGCCAAUAUACAUUGAAAGAAUCGGAAUGGUUGACUUAAACGCGUUUCUGAAAUCAACCACCAUUGAGAGAUAUGUCAAGUAUCAUAUUAGAGAACAAGAGACGACUCUGAGCUUGAGAUUUCCGGCGUGUUCAAUUGCUUCGGAGAAGCAUGUUUCGUCUACCACAACGAUUUUGGAUGUCUCUGGAGUGGGAAUGUCAAACUUCUCAAAACCUGCAAGAUCACUCUUCAUGGAAAUUCAGAAGAUAGACAACAAUUAUUACCCUGAGACUUUGCAUCGCCUCUUUGUUGUCAAUGCCAGUUCAGGAUUCCGGAUGUUGUGGCUUGCACUCAAGACCUUUCUCGAUGCUCGGACAUUGGCCAAAGUUCAGGUGCUAGGACCCAACUACCUUGGAGAGCUACUUGAAGCAAUAGAUCCAAGCAACUUACCGACAUUUCUGGGAGGAAACUGCACCUGUUCAGAUCAUGGAGGCUGUCUUUUCAGCGACGAAGGACCUUGGAAUGAUCCAGACAUCAAGGCAAAGAUCCAGGAGACUUCCACUAUUGGAGAUGCUGAUUUAGAGGAACAAACGUUGGAGAAAGUCUCAGAAUACGCUCCAGCCAAUCGAAAAGAAGAUUCAGGCAAGAACAUGAUUACAUUGCAGAAGUAUGCUUCCAUGAAAGCUGCUGUUAAGGAAUCCCAGAAGAGAAUCCAAAUGUUGGAGAUGUCACUUCAUGAAACAAAAAAGGCCUUGAAUGGACUUGCAGAGAUCAUUGAGGCCAUAAAACCGAAUCAAACCGAAAAAAACUAUAGCAAAACCGGUUUAGCGCGUAAAACUACUGUUACGAAAAUGUCCGGUUUGAGCUGAAGAAAAAAAAUUGCAGUAUGAGUCAUGAUGAUGACGAUGGUCUGUGGAUUCCGUACUACGGCGAUAAAUGCAAUCAUGUGUGGAGCCAAUCUGUCUCACAUGCAACUGCACGUGUGAUCUCUGCAACUCAGCUUCAUCUCUUACAUUUAUUUUUUAUUUUUUAUCAAUCUAAUUCCACAGCUCUAUUUGAUUAAUUGAUUCUCUUCCCGAUGACAAAUGCUUCACUGGAAGAAUAACAGUAUACUCGCACAUAUUUUAUUUACAGUCAAGUCAUUUAUAGUAAAUAAA